AUGGGUGUCAUAAGGAAGAACGCAGCCUCGCGUGGUGGAGACGGAGGCACGAAAUACCACUGCGACGUCUGUUCCAUCGACAUCACCUCCACGGUCCGAAUCUCCUGCGCCAAUCCCGCCUGUCGCGAGUAUGAUCUCUGUGUGCCAUGUUUUGCUCGCGGAGAACGCACCAAAAACCACGAUCCCCGCACUCACGAGUACCAUGUUGUUGAACAAAACUCUAUCCCCAUCUAUACCGAAGACUGGGGCGCAGACGAAGAACUCCUUCUGCUCGAAGGCUCCGAGAGAUAUGGCCUAGGAUCAUGGGCGGAUGUGGCAGAGCAUAUUGGCGGCUACCGAGAAAAGGAUGAAGUCCGCGACCACUACGUCAAUACCUACAUCAACAGCUCACUAUUUCCCUUGCCGGAGUUAGCAGACCCGGCAGAUACCCGGCUGUUCGAACAAGUACCGAAGGAGGAAUUCCAGGCCCGCAAGAAACGACGCAUCGAAGAGCGCAAAGAAGCAGCCAAAUCGGCUCCACCAGCGACACCCAAGCAGAAACCCACUGCCUCGGUGCCGGCAUGUCACGAAGUCCAAGGUUUCAUGCCGGGUCGCCUUGAAUUUGAAACCGAAUUUGCGAAUGACGCGGAAGAAGCCGUUCAACACAUGUCCUUUGAACCGGGGGAUGGCCUGGAUCCGGUCACCGGUUUGAUGGAUGAAGAAACCACGUUAAAGAUGACGGUCUUUGACAUCUACAAUACCAGACUCAAGGCUCGGACGGAUCGGAAACGAAUCAUUUUCGAACACAAUCUUCUGGACUACAAGAAGAACCAACUCAACGAUAAGAAACGGACAAAGGAAGAAAAGGAUCUGUUGCACAAGGCCAAACCCUUUGCGCGAAUGAUGAAUCACGAAGAUUUUGAGGCAUUCAAUCGAGACCUCCUUCUUGAACAUAAUCUACGAAUCGCCAUAGCACAACUUCAAGAAUGGAAGCAGAUGGGCAUCAGUGAUCUCAAAGGGGGCGAAAAGUACGAGGCUGACAAGCAAGCCCGUGCGCAGCGGAAUCAGCCUCAAGGGCAAUUCGACCGCAUGCCACAAAUACCCAAGAAAGGUAGCCAGAUGCAACAAACCGAAUUACCGACGGAGGCAUCCAAACUGACCACCCCGGAGUUACCACUUCGAUUCCAACGAAAACCAAAGACCGUGCCCCAGUUCACGGAUAGCCAACCGGUAGUGGAAAAUGACUUUGACAAACUUUUUGCCGAGACCAACGGUCCAGAGAGCAAUUCGGGCCCGAAACCGAAAGUGCGGUAUGUUGUCCAACCACUGAAUGGCACAACGCCGUGGAAAUUGGAGGAAGACAAGUCCCUGGCGCCGGACUUGCAACUUCUCAGUGAAGAGGAAAUCCAAUUAUGUAACUCCCUGCACAUCCGACCGAAACCGUACCUAGCUCUCAAAGAAGGGCUUCUGAAGGAAGCCAUGAAGCAAGGUGGUCACAUGAAGAAAAAGGAAGCUCGAGGAGUUUGCCGGAUUGAUGUCAAUAAAGCUAACCGCAUAUUCGACUUCAUGAUCCAUAGUGGAUGGAUUGCCAAAGCGUGA